CAACUCGUCAAACUUCACGGAGCAACUCCGACUUGUUGCCAUCUACAGUUCAAACUCAAUCACUUCAAGCAUUUACAGCAACGCACAUUUUGACCUUUGACUAUCAGAUGCGCCACUUCAUCCCGGUGUCCGCAGUACCACCUCCUCUCCGCCAGGGGGCUCUGUGUCCGCUCCGUCUGCACGUGUGUCGCGGGGUGUGAGGGGAACCUUCUGGUGCUAACGCGAGAUUUGUCUCCGCGUCCAAACAUGUCGACGUUCAAGAGAAAACGUGGAGGACAGGGUGCUCAAGAUAAAAAGGCGAAAAAAGUCAAAUUUGUCGCAGGCGAAGUAGAAACACCUGGGGAAGUUGAACAAACGGAGAUAAAUGAAAUCACAGUCCCAGCACCGGUCUCGUUGGGCAAAUGGACCAACAAGGAAAGGGUCCUCAUUUUCUCCUCGAGAGGGGUCAACUUCAGAACAAGACAUCUGAUGAACGACCUGAGGACCAUCAUGCCUCAUUCAAAAGCAGACACCAAAAUGGACAGGAAGGACAAGCUGUUUGUUGUUAACGAGGUGUGCGAAAUCAAAAACUGCAACAAAUGCCUCUUUUUUGAGGCGAAGAAGAAGCAGGACCUCUACAUGUGGAUAUCAAACACCCCCCACGGACCUUCAGCCAAGUUUCUUGUUCAGAACAUUCAUACGCUGGCUGAACUCAAAAUGACAGGAAACUGCCUGAAAGGAUCCAGACCGCUGCUCUCCUUUGACCCCAAAUUUGACAAGGAGCCCCACUAUGCUUUACUGAAGGAGCUCUUCACCCAGACUUUUUCCACUCCGCGCUACCACCCCAAGAGUCAGCCUUUCGUGGACCACAUCUUCACAUUCACCAUCGCAGACAACAGGAUAUGGUUUAGGAACUACCAGAUCAUUGAGGAGGACGCCUCUAUAGUGGAGAUCGGACCUCGCUUUGUCCUCAACCUAAUAAAGAUCUUUCAGGGGAGCUUCGGAGGGCCGACUCUCUAUGAAAACCCGUACUUCAAGUCUCCAAACAUGCACCGGAGAGAGCUCCGACUGGCAGCCGCAGCCAAGGUCCGCGAGAAGCAGAUGGUGAAGGAGAUGCAUAAAAUGAAGAGGACAGAAACAAAGGAGGACUUGAACAAAGACGUCACGGCCGACGUCUUCCUCACGCCCGCGGAGGAGAAGCCCGUUCACAUCGAGACGGAAGCACCUGCGCCCAAAGCGACGAAGAAGAAGAAAGCUUUCAAAAGACAGAGGAUGAAGAUGGGACGCAGGUAACUGGACGGACGAAGCUGCCGUGAUUCCAGUUUGUCUCAGUAUAGUGUUGUAACACAACAGUGCCGUCAGUUUCUUAAGUCCUAUGUUGUUUGAGCUUUUUGUCAGGCUUGUAGUUACCAUCAUUGUAGCGUGACAUGUGUUACAGUCUUAGAGAAAAAUCAUCGAUGUGAACGUGUUGAGUCCCUGUUGCUGUAACUGUUCCUUCAUCAUGAGGACUUUAGGAAUUAAACUAUGUUUUUCUCAUACUUUUUGAUAAAAGUAAAUAUUCCUUUCGAAAAAUGUUUAUUGAGUUAAAGUGAAUACAUUUGUUUUUGGAAAUGACAAUAAAUAAGUUUGCCGUCA